AUGAUUCAGCCAGGAUUCUUAACGCCAACAUCAGCACUUGCUUCGUCUGCAAGUGUUGAAACAAGAAUUCUGCAUUUUUUAACAAUUAAUUCACUUCAGAAACAUCCAGGCACACAAGAGCCAUCUAAAUUAAGAGAAACUUUAUCUCUGCCGAUCAUACCCUCAGCCUCAAGGGUUUUUGUGGAAGGAAUAAUCACCUUACAUUCAGCGACGACGUUGACCACAAACCCAAACGACAUUCUUCCUCAAAGUGCAAGUAUACCAGACUACCGAUCCGAGCCAAUCAAGCAAUCAACUCUUCAACACACGUCAACAGCCACAAGGCUGUUCCUUGAGAGUAAGGCCACCUUCCUGUCUGCGGAGAUUUUGGCCACAAACCCACUGAAAAUUCUUCCUCAUAGCACACACCAUCAGAGCAGUUUAAUCCUCUUCCCCUCACAACAUCUUUUGGAAUAUACGACUCUCUCAAUCAAUCAGUUGACUAUUUCUGAAUAUUCAACAAAGCUUACCACAUACCCAUGGUACAUUUCUUCCAGUAUCGCAUCACAACAAAAUACUGUCUCACUCUUCCGUGUUAUCGCCCAAACGUCAUGGAACUUAAUCGAACAGUCAGCUACUCUAGAUUCACCCACAACCACAACCAGCGUUUUUGAAAGCGCAGCAAACCUCAAGCCUGUAAAUUCACUCACAACCACAAUCCAAACUACAACCACUACCACAACCACAGCUUCAACCUCAACCAUAACCAACUCUUUAGAAAGUGCAGCCAUCCUAAAGUCGUCGAUGACAAAGAUCACAAAUCAAAGGCCCAGGCUUACUAGGAAGGUACCUCAAAGAAUCAACACAGCGCCAAAUUCAUCCCACUCAGUCGAGCAGUCAUCUUCUCUAAAUUUACCCACGACCACAACAAGUAUUUAUGAAAGCGCCACCAUCCUCAAGUUUUCUGUGAAGAUGAUCACAAAACAAGAGCUCAGCAUUAUCAAUACUUUACCUCGCAAAAACAACAAAACACUUAUGCAAAUUCAACCAACGAGAACAACGCAACGAUCGUUAACAACUAGCCAUCCAAAUAACAUCAAAGGUAACGCCAUCCGGUUUCAGUUUGUUAUUCCUUAGAGACCGAGAUAUGUGCCCCUAGCUAUAGUUGGUACAGCAGGCAAAAAAACGUAAAAAAUGAGAUGUGGUAGUUAGAAACGUUGAAUCGGUUACAGGCAACAAACAAUUUCAAAGACAUCUCUCAAAAAUUGCAGCUUUCUCUUUGGAUGUAGCUUCUUGUUUGCUCGCUUUCAGUUUUAGAAGUUUUUUAAAUUUCAUUUUUCACUUUUCCGUGUAAAAAAACCUUAAACAUUUUGAUGACUACUCAAUGUCGGAGAGGUUCAAAUAUUGAAAUAUCAAAACAUUAUGAAAUAAAUUUUCCCCCAAAACUUGGUAAAAUUAUUUCACCACUAUUUAACCAUUUCGCUUUGUAUUGAAUUCUUAGCAUGUACACGAAGUAAGGCUCUUGGCAUGAAAAGUGGUGAUAUAUCUGAUGCACAAAUAAGUGCUUCAUCACAGUUGGACAACAACACUGUUGCAGCCCAGGGUAGAUAUACAUAUAAACAACAUGGUAACAAGCAGGGGGCUUGGUCAGCUCUCACUAAUGAUCUCAAACAGUGGCUGCAGGUUGAUCUCAGAGGAGACGACAUUAAGAUAACAAUGGUAGGAACACAGGGAAGGAAUGGUGGAGAUCCAAGACAAAAGCAGUUUGUCACGACUUAUAAGCUGCAGUACAGUGAUGACGGAGAAAACUUUACCUACUACAAGGAGCCAGGAGAGCUCGAAGAAAAUGUUAGUAGUCUUUGUCAUGGGGAAUCGACAUUCUAAAUUGACCUCCGAAUAUUUGAUAGAAUUAGAUUUUUUAAAGUGGAUGUCAUCUAGUAAAGGAUCGUUUCUUCCCAUCAGAGUCGGAUCAUGUGAGCUACAACUUUUAAAUUUUCGGAUAUAUUAACGGGAUAUAACAGAAUAUUAUAGUUAUGCGACCAUUUCUGAUAGUUCUCCACGGAAUAAUUCACUGGCUAGAGAAGCAUGCAGCUUGAGUAUCAGCAGACAAGACACUUGGGUACCAGUGGGCAUAUGAAUAGGGCUUCAAAAUUUCUUAAGAGGGCUAAAUAAAAAGGUGCAGACGGGUUUCUCAUUCCCUCAGCUUAGAAGUCUCUCUCUCUCUCUCUCUCUCUCUCUCUCUCUCUCUCUCUCUCUCUCUCUCUCUCUCUCUCUCUCUCGAUUUUCACUAUUACGUUCAGCGAAAAAAAAGUUGUUUUUUUACAUGUUGAUUUUUAGGUAUUCAUUGGUAACACGGACAGGAACGGUUUUGUUGUUCACAAAUUGAGUCCACCAAUCAGCGCCCGUUACAUUCGUUUUCGACCAGUAACCUGGCAUGGACACAUAUCAAUGAGAGUGGAAUUAUUUGGUUGUCAAGGUAAGCACAUGAUAAAGAAUGAUGUUUUUCGUCUUGUUACGAGCGUGGAACAAAGAGAAAAUUCUGGGUCCACACGAGGAAUCGAAACUUAGACAAUUGGAUUCCGCGCCAUGAGGGGACGCAAAUCGUCUGCACUGUAAGUACAUAUCAAGCUCUGUAGGUGAUUUAAUCCCAUUUUAAUCUCAUCCGAUCUCACAAUUUACGAAAACUUAUGAAAAAUGAUAGCCGUCUUAUUGAAACUUGAUGACAAGUAUAAGCCGGCAAAGAAAACAGUGCAAAAGCAAUUAUCUGUCACAUCGAUGUCAGCAGCAACAGGAUUAUGACACCUUACAGUCCCCAUACAUUUUCUUAGACUAAAAGUCUGAGAAAAUGUAGGGGACUCUCCGGGAUACUUACAGUACAGACGAUUUGCGUCCCCUCAUGCUGAUGCUCUAUCACUAAGCCACAGAGACUCUUUGGUGGGCAAGGCCCAUUACGAGGUCCAUGCAUGUAUGAGACGCGUCCUGCAUACCGCUAGGAUCAGCGAUGUCGAUAGCGUCAUGUUUGUAAAUAGAAAAAGAAAGAUCUUUCUUAUUCUAUUCAUAAGUAGAUGAUAGUUCCUUCAACGAAAAAUAAGCUACUUUUUUUUUUCUUAAAAGAUAGGAAGGUCUUACAUCAACAUCUGUUUUCCUUAGAUCUUGACAUCUUUUUUUCUUGGAAAGAGUGGAGUGAUUGGUCUUCCUGUAACAAGCCUUGUGGAGGCGGCUCACGCAAGAGAUCAAGGGAAUGUGUUGCUGAAUCAGUCAUCAAAAACAGUACAAAAUGCAACGGAGAGAACAACGAAGUGAAAAUUUGCAAUAUACAUCCAUGUAGAGGUAUGAUACGGUCAAUGAAGACGUUGCUAAGCUAUUAUUUGAAGUCAAUAAUAACUAAUGGCAAGAAAAGGACACCGAUGCAGCAUCAAUGAGCCCAAGUUUUUUAGAGAUAGAUAAUUCUUCUAAGAUCAUUUUUUAUUUCUUCGGGCCUCAUGCAAUUCUUUGAAAACAAUUUUCACCCACAUUACCGAAAUGUAACGAAAGGAAGGGAUUUGCAUUACGAAAGAGUUCAUCGUUUUAGGCCUAGUUCACACCCUAACAUGGUCGAUCUGAUUGUUUUCCAUCAAAGCAUGGCUAACACGACGACCAAUGAAAACUAUCUAUAACAGAAUAGAAACUUACCCCUUUAUAACAAACUCGGUUUACAUCUGAAGGUAAAUUGGCAAAAUUGUGACCUAAUUCCAACCAAGACCCCAAAAAGCACCUUCUUGUCACAUUUCAACUCACUUUAAUACUGACUUACCUUUUCCUUAAAUCUCUUGGAAUUUUUUUUUUUAGUCGUGCCUUUGGGUGUUGAAGCACAUUUGACUGAUGAGACUUGGGAUGACUUACUCCUUGACAGGAACAGCGUCUUAUUCAAAACUCUGGAAGCCAAGAUAGAGAGAAACGUAGGCUUCCACUGUUAAAAAUGAUGUUAAACGUUUAACACCAAACAAUCAACAAUAAGUUACAAUAUAAGCAUUUUCCUACCUCUUAACAUUGUGUAAUUUAGCUUAAACACUGGUAAAAUUCAACAGCCUUAAAAUGGAAAAUUGAAUGAGGAACGAGCUUGAGAAGAAAUUAUAACUUUAUCCGAGGAUAAAUUGGUAAAAGAUUUGACAGCAGCUUAACAUAUUUAGCAAGCACUUGGUAUAGGCUAAUCCUGUUUAAAUCCACUGUAUUACCUGACAGUGUCAGUAUUUCAGUAAGUACAGCAAUUUGACACUUAUUUCUCUAUCACUUUAUACCGUUCAGAUUCGGAAAAUGUAUGCUGGGAAUCUAAAAGUAAUGAACAUUACUUUGAAUCAAUGCAGGUAAGAUUUGAAUGAACCAAUUCUUAAGAAACAGCAAUUUUAAUUAAAAUCGAGGGUCGCAAAUUUUUAGAUAUAUUGCCAUUUCCUCUUUUAAAUACUUCGCAUUUUUUUAAAUCUUUGCAGGAAGGGAAGUGUUACUGUAAAUUUUACCAUCACAUUUCGUGAACUGGACUCGGAUGAGUUACUGAUAUUCACGGAUACCGCUGAAAAAGAUGGCAGAAUAGCAGACUUAAAAGUUUCCUCUGUCUCUCUUUCGGUAGCAGGAGGUUAGUCCUUUUCCAUGGUGUUGAUUGACUUGGUGUCUUUUGCGCCUGAGCACUCGUAGCGAUAUAAUUGGUAACCGAAAUAGCAUUUAUUGGCAAAAUAUCUAGAGUUUAAAUCAUCCAGUUUGAUUUCAUCUGUGCGACGGUGGUACUUCACUCCACAGGAUAUGGCAAACUUAGUGCUAUGAAAGCACCUUAUCAUAUCAAAGAUAGAAGUGCUUUCGGCUGCCCUAAUUUUUUUAGCGUUUUUUAUCGCAUUAUGUUGACGCCCAAUUUAGUUUGUGUAUUUGUCUAUCAAACGAAGGAGAUAAAGCUUAGGUUUUUAUGAAAAAAAGAAACAGCCGCAUAUUUUAAAAUGUAAUUCAGUUCCUAACCAGGCUCCUGAAAUAACCAAGACUUACCUGACAAGUGCCACUAGUAUUAAAGUAUUCUGGACACCAGUUACUGAGGGCUUAAUAGAUGGAUAUCAGGUUGCCUUUCGUCCAAUCAACGAGGAGAGGUGGGGCACAGUCGCUGUUGAUCGCCAUACUACCACCCUACAACAAACGGAUCUACAGGAAGGAAUGGUGUACAGGAUUAGAGUAAUGGCAUUCAACGAAAGUGGGAAUGGGCUUCCAGGAGAAGCUGAAGAAAUUAUGAUGGAAGAGGAGGGUAAGCUUUUGCUCUCAUGUUCUACAAACGAUCAGGGAGAAAAAAUACCUCUUUAUUCCUUUUAGCCCUAUCACUCAGAAGAAAUCCUGUCUGGCUGGUGCCUUUUAUUAGUAACAGGCGAACAAAACUUUGAUUGAAUGGUAUUUUUGUUAUUAGUACCGACGGUUGCUCCACUUGUAAAUGUGGAAGACAUGACAUCCCCGCAUUCGUUUGCCGUUUCAUGGACGCCUCUGCCAGAGGAGCAUGUCAUGGGCAGACUACUUGGCUACCAUGUCACCUACAAAGUAGUAAAAGUGGCAGAUGAAAGAGUAGAUAGUGAAGAGAUGGCCACCAUGACUGUUGAUGGUCCAGACGUUCUCCACACAGAGAUUACUGGAUUAAAAAGUUACUCCUCUUACGUUGUUCAAGUAGCUGGCUUUACAUCCAAGGGGAAUGGCUUAUCAUCAGUCAAGGUGACGGGAGGUAAUAAAAAGUGUAUGAUAUAUCAAAAAUUGGUUAUUCUCAUAUAUCUGGGGAGAAGUAGAUUCUAGUCGUCAGUUCAAACAGUCAGCAAAAUUUCAAUUGAAAGAUUACUUUAAUAAGUCAUUUGUGACUUUUCCCAAGUAACAUCCAUAAUGUACUUUGAAGCCGAAACCUUGGUCAAAGAAUGAAUGGACUAUCCCUCAGCUCUAUCACAACCCAAAUGUAUUUCGUUUACAUUUUUAUAGUUACUAAAAUCAAGCAGUGCUACUUUUUUCAAUCUAGCAACGAAAAAAUAAAAGAUAAUGUUAAGCAACUCACUUUUUCGAGGACUGCGUGCUCAUCUUAAUGCCAUGCACUUUGCUCUGGCUUUAUUAUCAUUGAUAAUCAGUGACUCAAAUUCCUGUCUUAAUAACAGAUACCUGUCGUUGCCCAGCAGUAUUCAACACCAACUGGGCGGAACUUCCUCCGUACGUUACCAAAUCCGUCCAUAGUCAGUCACCGCAAGGAAUUAUUGGCAGUUUUUUGGAAGAAAUGCUGUUGGAUUCCUGUGGUGUCUGUAAAGCUCAUGGACACACGUUUCUGAAUUUUAAUACUAACGGCAAAGGAGGCGCAGCCCAUAAGACCACUUUAAAUGAAGUUAUCUUGGACGUUAACAAUGAGACAGCAAUAAGCUUUCCUGUUACAGGGGCCAUGGAUGAUGACAAAUUUCAAAGGUAUUAUGUAUUUGUUCCAAUGGUAGAGUCCCCAGGAAUCGCCUUCAUCACAAUCGGCCAGAAGGAUGGAAGCAGAAACAUAGUCGUAUCGACACUGCUGAAGUAUUUGCCGCUAUACCUGGUUUGUUUAAUGAUGGCUUACGUAGCUGGUACCAUCAUCUGGGCCCUGGUGAGUAGAAUUGGCCUUGCGCUUUCUUUACACAUGGUGUGAUCCUCAUCCGAGUCAUACGUUGGCUCCUUCAAAAGGCGAUAGCCCGUCCACCAUUUGGUCAGGUUGUCUUGUAUUGGCAAGAAGAGACGUUGUGGAUUUUGGGUCUUUCUAUUAAAGCUUAGAAUUGUCUGUUAUAAAUUUCAAAUUCCAUUAUUGGGCAUGUUUGUUCCCUCGUCCCUUACCUUUGCUUGUUUUGCGUUUUUCUAUGAUUUGUGGUUCUCUCCUAAACGGAUUUAAAUUGCGUUAAGUAGCUGUAUUAAGUUAUAAAGAACCACUCUACGAUAAAACUAAAAAAAUUAGCGACAAAAACCUCCCUGGUACCCCAAGAGUGUCAGCGUCGUGUAACCAUUUAAUACAUAUGCAUUGCCCCUGUGGACGUAGUCUAAGUUCGUGGAGAGUCAUGCAAACUACUUGUUAUGUAGAUAUGCAAUUAUUACCAAAACCCACGUUUCUCGCGUUCCUUUUUUUUCAUUUAGGAAACAAGCCGGGAUGACGGUUUCGCCCACUCAUUCAUCAAGGGGGCUGUUGAAGGAUUUUGGUUUUCCUUCAUUUCCAUGACAACAGUCGGGUAAACCAUGAAAUUAUAAACGAUCACCAAACGAUAAGAAAACCAUUAUUUUGUUUUAGCCGUUUCGAAAAAUUAUUAAGGAGAACAUGAAAAAAUAAAUCAGUGCCUGUCAGGUUACUAAGAAUAUUUUGAAUUCAGUAAAACUAUCAGAUGACUUAUUGCAUGCUCGCAUCAAUUCGGAUACUUGCAUGUAUUUUGCCAAAUUAAACUGUUCGGAAUAUUGUUAUGUAACUUUCAAGAUUGCGCAGGGUUGGGUGAUAGAUUAAGUGUACGCUCAAGGCCACGUGCAAUGAGAAUGUAAAUCAAUAUCUCGAAAGUAAUGAGUUUUUAUUGCGUUCGCUCGAUACGGCGCAAAUAAAGGAACUCGAAGAAAGUUAAUUUACUUUAAGAUUUCGACAGGAAGCCAUAGGAAAGUUUGUUAAGUUAGAUUGUUAAAUCUCAUAAAUGUGUUUAUUAUCAUUUCUUUAGGUACGGUGAUAGAGUGCCUGUGGGGUUCUGGUCAAGGCUUUUCGCGGUGGUCUGGAUUUUAACUGGCCUAGUUAUGGCUUCUGUACUUAUAGGAGUACUGGCUACCUCGCUGACAUUCCACACGAUAGGAAAAGAUGUAAUUUUGUACGGCACAAAGGUAUGUUAAAUCUUAGCCUUGUGAUUACAAUAAAUAAAUAAAAAACAAAUGAAAAUCAGUGGACUCGAAUCAACUACAUCACAAGCCUCGGAGAUAUCCUUUUGGUCCAGACCGUAUUGGGUGGGUGUUUUGGUGUUUAUAGAGGGAGGAAAUCACCAAGUGCGGCGAUCGAAACCAGGCUGCAGCUGAGGAAACCAAGAGCUGUCUCCGUUUGGGUUCCACUGUCUUGUUACCAUGCAAAGCCUGGAUUUCUCAUUGAACUUAUCUUUUCUAGUGAAACCUGCGAAACAAAUUUACUUUGUUUCGCGAAACCUUAUGCUGAGAGCAUGUUCCCAACAAAAAAUAUCAAGUAAUCCUCAAUCCCUGAUGUACCCAAGUAUUCCUGACCAAUAAAAGGGAAAUAGGAAUUCAACAGACAAAUCUUAAUUUUUAUAGUUCAUACAUGUGGUAGAUAUUUGAAGGGUAUGUUACUGAGAGGUUUGGAUAUCAAUUGGACCUAACCCUAGACCAGUUCUUGAGGUACAUGAAUGUUUUAUAGGUAUUAUUAUGUCCCUCCAUAUUAAAAAGUUCGCAGAACCGCAUAAGAGUCAUUCAUAAAUAUGUAUUUCAUUGAAAAUUCUGCAAAUUUUCCAGCAAUCAAGCCGAGUAAAUAUCCGGUUAGGCAAAAGGGCAAGUGUUUUACGAAAAGAGAUUACACCUUCAGCGAGCGAAAUUACAAUACAUACGAAAUAAGAUGGAACUUACCGACUGUUUCUAGUUCAGAGUGACCAUAACUCAACAAUUUUGGUUUGUAAAAUAUGCUAGUACAAACAUGGAGACCAGUUCUUUUUCGACAAAGCACAUGGGCGAUGUCCCGGAUGUAAACGUCAGAAUGUAGGCACGCAAUGGGAGCUACGCUUCACGAGCAAAUUCAUUAACAUUUUCCUUUUUGGUUUUUUAUUUUCCUCAUUUGGGGAUUUUUGUAUGACUUCCUUUCACUCUCACUCAUUUGCUGCAGACAACGAACAGGAUGGAAUCAAUAGUUUUGAUUUGAAAUUUUUACUAGUAAAACAAAGGGAAACAAGCACUUCAUGUUUGAUUUUAUAAUGAGGCACCGUCCGUGAUUAUUUAGAUGUAGCGUGGAAAUUAUUUUUGAUUUAUCUUUUUGGAUGCAUUCAUGUUAAGGUGACGGUUCUAACUGAUUCACCGGCUCAUAGACUUGGCGUCAGAAGAAAUGCUCUCAUCAGUGAGUAGAAAAUAUGUUAAAUCUAAAGUUAUGAUACUUGCUUCUGAAAAAGGAAAUACUUUUUUCGAUGCGCGGAAACUGUGGAAAAAAUAAAGCUUCUUUAGUCUACUGGUUAUCAAGCGGCAACAUUACUUCUACAAAAUUUUAAAUUAGGUGCGUGGAAAUCAGAUUCCUUGGCAUUGAUACUAUCAAACGCUUUUAAAAGCUGCAAAAAAAUCAUAUAAUGUGCAAUUUAUUUUGGUUUAGAUGCAAUGGAACUUGACAUUGAAAGAAGAUACAAUUUAAUAUCGAAUGUUAAAAGAAAGGACCUUAAAGUUUGCAGCUGUUACCUUCAAACAUGGAACGCCUUAAGGCUCACCUUGUAGAGUUCUAGGGGUCUCCAUUUUAUUGAAGGUUUGCCAUUGCCCUUCCCUUUGUUUCACCAGAACCACAAGACACUCUACAGGAGGCCUAUAAAUCUCUUGGGCAAGGUGAAGUCAAUGGACUGUUGUUAGAUGCCUAUAUCGCCGGAAGUCGCUCCGUCAAAGAUCUCUUCGACAAGCAACUCCGGGUCAAGGAAGUCAUAAAGCUUCCAAAAGGGUUUGGAAUUGUCUUGUCGGGAGAAGCCAUGAAGCUACAAAAGAGAGUUCGUGAUUACAUCAGAAAUAAUGCUGGACUUAUCACCAAAAUGAUCGAGAACAGUACCACUCCAUUACAGGUAUACUUCAAACCUUCUAAUUUCUGACAGCACUUUGACAUGUUUUCUUGCUGCUGGACGCGUCAUUCUGCUUUAUGAGGACGACAUAUUAAGUUGCCAAUCUUUGUUUCCAGCAACCAGAAAAAAGUGAAGCCGAGGAACAGGUUACAGAGCUGUUUUCUGCUAACUCCUCGUUAUUUCAUGAGAUACUUUUUGUGCUGUUGCAAACACUUGGGGCUGCUGUCCUCUGUGGACUCGUUUGGGAAGCCAUUCGCAAACUUCGCGCUCGAAGAAAAAAAGUACUUCCAGGUAAGUCAGUCAGUCAGUCAGUCGGUCAUUCAGUCAAAUUGUCUUCAUUCAACAAUUAAACUAGGAAAUCGCAACUUCAGUUGAUUGUGGACAUCUCAUAAAUCAGUCCUUGAGUCAGCCUUUUGAUCUGUCAGUCGAUCAGUAUAAGGAUCAUGCAAUUAACUAGUCAGUAUCGUUCGUUCCAUUGGUUGGUUGGUUGGUGGGUCGGUCGGUCAAUGAUCUAUUAGUUCCGUCAUUUAGUAGACCAUUCAGUCAGGCAGGAAGUCAGUCAACCUUAUCAACUAUAACUUUAGUCCGUCAGUCAAAGCAGUAAGCCUACUUGUCAGUCUAUACCACUUUCUUCAGUUUGUCAGCGAGUUAAUGACCAGUUUUAUUUUACGAUUGAUAAUCAAAGGAAAAGAAAGGCUAGCAGUCUUAGUAAUUCCUAUCUUGUUCACUCCUCUAGAAGGGCAUGGCAAAGCGAGACUGAUGGCACAAAGAAAAGAGAUGCUGAAGACAGUGCAAAAUUUUCACGACAGUUUCCGACAACUUUACAUGGAUUUAACACAUAAAAGUGUUCAGGAACUUCGACGUUUUGAGCAGGAACGAAACCGACGAAAAGAGAGUCGGAAAAAUGCUUGGACGUGAUAGAAAAUAUAUUAUGUAACAACAGAAGUCUUUCAUAGUUUGGAUUAGAAUUUUAUACACAAGAAUUUGUGCAUGUUGAGUUAUGGCCAGUAAGAACUCCAGCUGAAUAUUGAAUGACAAGUUUAUAAUUCUCUCUGCUAAAUCAAAACAUUUAUUAAGAAGAAAUCUUAGUGGAACUUUACGAUCGAUGUUGCCUUAGUUUAAAGCCACGAUUGGUGUUUCGAUUUAACUUGAAAUUCAUUGUUUUUUUUCUCACAAUCGAAUUGUUAGGUUUUGAGUAAGACUGCUUGGUGGGUAUUCACUCAAACUGUAAUGGUUUUCCUUUCAGACAAAGACAAUAUGUUCCUUUCUCACGGUUCACAAAAACAUAGCAACGUCAUCAUUUUACUUAUUAAUAUUGUCUUUAUCUUUAUUUCUGAAAAGUUUUUAAACAAGACUUUUGCCUUGGAUUUACGUUAAUCUAUCUGAAUGCUUUUCAAUACGUAUUUUACAGCAUAAAUAUUAAUAAAGUUUGAUGAGAUCAACUUGAAUCUUAAUUAUAAAAACCUAUCAGGUCAUCAACAUAGCGCAUAACUUUACUUGGGAAAUUAUAUUGGUUUUUUUUCAUCUUCAUCUUCUUCAACCGCAGCGAUGAUUGAUAAGUCACUUGACAAACAAGUCGAAGUUCAAUAAUUAACCCUGACAAUUUUUCUUUCGGAAAUUUCAACUGUGCCGGGGCCGAGAAAUAUCCAAUGGAGUGUCGCAACUGAAAAAUCCUAAAAACACUUACUGUUUAAUACUGAAUUCUUCUUCCUCAAGGCCGAUUUCAAAGUCCGCAAAAAAUGGUAUGUAUGCUGGAAUAUCAAUUUUAGCAAUUUCUAGUGCAUAUUUGUUUUUCUAUAUAAAACUAAUUAACAUGAAUACACGUUUCCAUCCUAAUGUCUGAACAAUUUAUUUUUUCAGAUUUUUAGGUGGAUCCCACAUUUUAUACUUACAUUUCAGAUCGAGUUUUCGAUAAUUCUACAAAUAGAGGGUAAGUUUGUAUUAAAAAAAAGUUUGAGUAUUACAUGUAAAAUUUAACCAGCCCUCAAUAUAAAGUCGCGUUUGAAAAGUUAGCACAAACAUCUGGCUAGGAACAAUGGAUAGUUUAUUUUCAUGAAUUUUUUUUCAUUUUACCUGAAACCGGCUUUUGAAGCCGAAAAAAAAUUAAAUUGUAAUUUACCGUUGACAAGGAUCCGCCCAGGUAUUGUAUAAAUAAGAGCAUAAAUAUCUCGUCGUUUCUUAUUAUAUCUUUACUUCGAUAAACUUGUUGAAAAUAUUAAAACAAACUGAAUUAGAAUAAAAUUAUAAUUGGGCCCAUGCAACACCUGCUUAAUUUAGUCAGCUCUGUAUAUGUCUUACGUUCAUGCAAGUAUUUCACUUUAUUGAUGCUUCAAAAGGCAAGUAAAAAUCAGCAGAUUUUAAGCCCUAGAUGCCUUCAUCUGGACACAGAUCACAGGACGAAAUCACAUGUUUCCGUAUUUCUGAAACGUGGCGGAAACAUGCAACUCCAUGUUUCCGUUAUGUUUAACAUGCACAAAAAGUGGUCCGGUUCCGUUGUAUACGCAGCAACGGAAACGCGAGAAAACGUCACGAAACCGGUAACGGAAACACAGGUUAUUCGUCGUGUUUCCAGAACGGUUUAACAUGUUUCUGCCACGUUUCCGUUUACGGAUUCUUGCAAUUUCGUCCUGUGGAUGCUUCAGAGAUGAUUUCAGUUUUUUUAGCAAUAUUAAGGCAUUUAUUUAAAAGUAUUUUCUGAAGAAAAGGUUUGAGAAAAAAAUCUUAGAAACAUGAACUAAUCAAAAAACACUUAAUACUGCAAAAAAGGAAAAAACCGAAAAAAAAAAACCGAAAAAAAAAUUUCACCAGCUCAAACAAUUGUACUACGUAACCAAUACUAAAUGCAAGCUGCGUUGGAAAGCUACCAAUGAGACGACUUCGAAAACGAAGGUUUAUCAGUUUGGGGCGCAUUAGUUAGAGUUUGUAUCAAGUAAUAUUGUCCAAUCUUAAUUUCUGUGAGCCUUCCAGAGUUUCCAAUAGAUAGAUUUUACCAAGCCAAUCUCAGUUUAAAUUUCGAGAGUCGGCCUAUAUUUUUAAAAUCAGGACUCAAAAUCUGUCUUGAAAAUCAAUUAUAAGCACAUAACGUCGGUUCACUUUUCUCUCGAUUGAAAGGCCAACCAUUUCCUAUCGGCUUCUACUCUUUGGAUGCUACACACGGUGUUAAUGACACAAGCAGUUGCAGGAAUAUACCAGGGAUUGCAAAUGACACGACUCUAGCACCAGGAUAUCUAGAGGAACCAGACACAGCUUAUCGCUUCCAAAAGUCGCAGUCGAGUUGUAUCCGAAUAUCCAACAAUGGAAUCUACAACACAAGCUCUAUAACGUUACUUACCUGGUUUGAAACCGAAACCUCUAUGGGUCACCAGACGAUAAUACAACUCUCUUCUGAGGGCAAGAUGGCAUUCCUAUUAGCAAUUGAUGUUAGUAUGAUUUACCUUGAGGUGUACCCAAAAUGCAACGGGCAACCGAUGUCCAUAUUUCCAGAUAUCACAAUUGAAGCCUUUACUUGGUACUUCAUUGGAGUCUCGUAUGAUCACACAACUGGUCUGAUGGCAAUUCACAUACGGAGCUUCUACGGACACCAACUUGACAGAAGCGUUUCAGUUGGUGUAAUCGAGCUGGACACUCGUCAUGACAUAUGGCUUGGUUAUGGACCUGAAUCACCAGGAGCAUUCACAGGAAGCAUGGCGUGUUUCCAAGUCUAUGAUGAGCCUUUAAAUGAAAAUAAUAUGACGGAGGCCAUGAGAAUGUGUAUUCCAAUUCCUUGGUCAGGUAGGUAUAUGUGUAAAUGACCGGAGAAUUAAUAAUUUAAUUACUGCAAUGCAUCCACGCCUUGUGGUCACAGAGUAAAAAUACCGUUUAAGAGAUCUGGGUUUGGCCUAUGCGAAGAGUUUUUGUUUGCUGUCGGGAAACUUGACUGAGGGCGAGGGGCAACAUGGAAUGCUAUCUGAUAAAGACAGAGUAGAAGAUAAACCACUAAAAGUUUUUGAUAAAGUUCAAUUGUUUUUCUGAUGAUCUCCAUUUCUUUUUCUCACACACCACUGAAGAACCUUUCGCCAUAUACGCCCUUAAUGACAGUAAACAAAUACCAGACUCAAGUGGAAAUUCUAAUCCAGAUGGCAUCGCUCACAAUAUUAACGAAACAGGCGGUCCAUAUGGAGAAAGUAGAUCUGUUGAAUUUGAAGGAACCUCGGCAAGCUAUAUUCAAAUAUCACAAGAUGGAAAACUUUCUAUCACAGCUUCCUUUAGCAUUCUCGUCUGGAUUUACAGGGAUUGGUCUAUGAACUCGCUGAUAGGAAAUGGUGGCGAGAUUAUGACAAUUAGCUCUAAGAGUGGGGCAAUUUCAGGGUUGUUGUUUGGUUGCACUUGUAACAGGAAACUUCUGGGAAAGUUUUAUUUUCCAAGCUCAGACGAGACUUUUAAAGUGUCGUAUUCUCUUCCAACCCAUUUGGAGUCUAAGGAAGGGUGGUAUCACAUCGCAUUGGUAUAUAACAAUGACACAGGGCAAGCUAGACUGCACGUCGACGGAAAAUUACAAGACAAAAAAUAUGUUGGUAUGGGCAUAGUUGGAACAGAUGCAGAUGUCAUCAUUGGAAAAGGGUUUAAAGGAAGGAUUGCUUGUUUGCAGUUCUACCGCAGACCAUUGCUCGAAGAACACAUGAAAUAUGCUAUGGAUAAAUGUUACAUAGAGAGUCCGAGUAAGUUAGUAGGAAAGCUAAAUAUAUUGCUAUGCAGCAAAAGGAGAUUGCUCUCAUGAGAUGUAAUACAUUAAAACCUGCAACAUAGCGAGUUGCCCAAACAAUUUCAUAUGUGCUAUUUCAUCUUUCAAGAGAUACUUGAUCUACUCACUGGUCAAAUCUCUAAGAAAUAUGAUCAGCUUCUGAGUUCAUUUCGUUCUAAAUCAAGUAAUAUGAAAACACCUUAUUGAUUUCGAACAUUUUUUUUAAAUUGGCUUAAUUUAUGGAAAUCAAAGGAAAGGUGAAGACCUUUUGUUGCAAACUCUGUUUCCGGGGUUGGAAGUUUCGCAUAUUUUUUUCCUUUUAAGUGGCCCAAAAUAAUGUCGCUGUGACCUUUACGGAGGUGAACGCUUUUCAUGGAAAUUCAAAGGAAACUCGACGCUUGAAAACCAGUUUUUCUCCGAAUGAUUAUAUGAACUGCAAGUACUGCGUCCAGAAGAUAUUGUUAUCUUCCUUUUAUUUCCUUUAGCCCUAGCUGUUUGCCAGCAGAGGACCAAUGUGUCAAUUUCAUCUUGCCCAUCAGUUGUCCCGACCACACACAAAUCCAUGGUUGUUGUUUCUUUAGCUGUGUCAGAGCUGUUUUCCAGUACCUUUAACGACACUCUCUUCACAAGGACAAGAAAUAUGACCAGCGUGUCGGGAAAGAAUUCAGUCUCCGGAAACACGACUAUCACGAAGUCAGCAACAGUAUCUCUAUAUUCCAGUAAUGUUCUCGAGCAGACCACAGCUUCCAAAAUGGCUAUAUUUUCGAAGGACACUGCCUCUAAGUCGCUGGAGACUCUUUCAGUUUCCGACGUGAAUGUCACCAUCACUUCUGCGUCCUACCCAAACUCAUCCAGAAUUAGAUCUUAUCCCAAACCAACGCCCACAUCAACCACCGCAUGGAAUAUUGAAGUGUCUUCAGCCGUCAAUGGAAUCGUAACGAGUGAACACUAUGGAGUGACGCAGGUUCAAAGGACCACGGAAAAGACGGCUGGCCAUAGUACGCCAUCAUUUCUUGUGAAAACUAUCAGUUACGGUAGGCUAAUCUCAACCUCUAGAAUUUCUCACUUGUCCACAAAAGUCUUAGCCAGAUCUUCGGAGACUGUUAUCCAAACAGAUAAAAUCAUCCGCUCAAAAUUAACUUAUUUCUCCAACAUUGUUGUGAAAGCUACAACAAAGCAAGCUCCUGGACCAUCAUUCACAUCGAACCACGUUUUUUCCAGUCAGGAUACCAACAGUUCAGUCAAACAAAGUCGACCGGUUACCGAAUCUGUCAAAAGCUCAAUUAUCAAAGGUACCACCUCGCGUUUGUCGUUGUUUUAUUUUUCAGUCUUACCUUAAAUGUCUUGUUUUUAUUUAAUGUACUGGAAAGAAAAAGGAAAAGUUCUUUCUAAUCAUGAGCUCCUUUCAACCUUCCCAUCACAUCAAUGGAAUGCUUUUCUAACACGAGCCUGAAACAGCUAAUAAAUAUUUUGGAUACCACGGUUAGCUUCCUCGUGUACCAUGAGGGUCAGAGUGAACAAGUAAGGCUAUUCCCAGUCGGAAAGGGAGACUUUGAAGACUUGAAAGAUGCUAUAAAAGGCUGGCGGUCUCAGAAAUUAAGCAGGGUUCGUUUGUAUGCCUCUGGUUUCGUUUUCAUAGGCGAUGAACUAUUUUCAGAGCAGACGAGAAUUGAUAAAAUCGUGGCAAUCGAUAUUUAAAUUUAACCAAUUCCGAUUUCAUUCCAUGCAUACUUUUGGUAGAUCAUCAAAUAUCUUCUAAUCUGAGCCAGUGGAGUGCUUGGUCGUCUUGUUGCGAUCCAUGUGGGAGUGGACUUCAAUAUCGACAAAGAUCAUGCCGCAAAACGGAGACAGAACAUUGUACUGGAAAUGAAACGGAGACAAGAAUGUGUAAGGCUCCUUCCUGCGAAGGUAACAAUAUAAAAAGAUAAAGAUUAAACCUACACUCCAUUCAAGUGGCGCAUCCAACCAAAACUUAUCCCGGUUUCCUUAGCAUGAAACGAAUAAGAGUAUUCAAUACUAUUUCUCCUUAAAUGUGAUGCCAAUCCAUCGAAAGAUUACCCACGCCUCCCGUCAUAUUUCAUCAAGCUUCCCUAAAAAUUUUUAGGAGCUCAUUUACACUCAUGGGUGGAGAAACGCACUGUGAAAGUAAUGUGUUUUGCUCAAGAACACCACAUAGUGACCCGGCCAGGUUUCGAGCCAGGGAAACUCGACCCGAACUCCAGCGUUCUAAUAAUUAGACCACCGUGUCUUCAAAAGUAAAUAGGUAAAAGGUUAGAAUAAUCAAGGGAAUGUAUCUGUGAGAUUCAGUAUGUCAAUUUUAAGGAGAGGCUGUUUCGAAAUUUUCAAAAUCUAUCUUCUUGUUUUAAUUUCUGGCAUGCAAGAUAUAGUGAAGGCGUUUCGUUGCCCAAAAAGUAGGAAUCCUUGUUAUGAGUGUAUUUUAUUUAUCAUUGUGCGUUAAUUGCUUCAGCUACCUGUUUCAAUAUCACUGCGAUCUUCGUCGAUUGGAAAUGGGAUGACUUACUGUCGGUGGAAAAUAGCUCUAGCUUCAUUUCCCUGGAAACGAAAUUGCGACAAAUGGUUAGUAUAUGUGAACGAUGCAACACUUCUUUAUAAGAACCACGUUGAACUGUUUUACAUCAGUGGCGAGAGGUUUCCAUAUCGGUGCUGGACUAAUGGAAACUGGUCGGUUGAAACGAAUAAUAUAUUAUAGAGAGUAAGGUAAAAAGAAAGCGAAUAAGUGACGGAUAGACAGGAUGACAAACAGACAGAAAGCAAAAAAAUAUACAGACAAACCGACUGAAAUUAAGUACUUUGUCUGACAUAACUAUUUAAAGAUAAAGUUCUUAGAAAUGUUUGGUUUACAUUCUAGAUCGCAGACCUGUACCCUGAUGAAUCUGUAAGUGUUACCCUCUUAUCAUGCCGGUGAGUUCACUAUAAUGAAUACAAUUGAAAAAAAAUGGCCCCGAAUAGCCAGAGGACCAGGAGUUUUUUAUGCUUUUCAUUUGUUCUUCUGUCUUAGGAAGGGGAGUGUUGUAAUCCACUUUACUGUCGCUUUUUACGUGGUUAAAUCAGAUCAGAUAGUGAGGCUAACUGAAAAUAUGAGCAGCAAAGGACUUCUAGCUUCUCUUGAACUGGUGAACAUUACAACUAAUAGAGGUAAUGUGUGGCGAUGAUAAAUAAUUACCGUUAAGCGCCUAUAUAUCCUUAUGGGCAUCACAUUCUCAAGUUUUUGUUACCACGAAAACACAUAUUGUAUACAGACGUGCUCGCCUUUUACUUCUUCACUGUUGGAUGAGGCAAUGACUCCAAACUGGGGGAGGGGGGGGGAAUAUUCAGGAUAUGGAGAAAAGGGCGUCACAUCCUAUCAGGAGUAUAUUUUUCACUUAUCGUCCUCCCCUGGUGAUGAUGCCCAACGCUAGAAAUUUUUUCCAAGAGGAAGACACCUACACAACAGAUAGAGCAUAGUAUACAAACUAUGGAAAAUUAAAUGUAAUUUUGAAAAAUUUGACACUUGCCCGACAGCAUUCCAAAAUAAGUGCAUCACCGUUAUAACCAAAGAUAAUAAAGAACAACACUGAGCUUAUUUUGUCUUGUAUUCCCACAGAGUAAGCUAAAAUAGUUAUUUUAUUUUCCAUAGUCUCUAGCCAAGUUCCAACCAUUAUCGAAGCAUAUCUGACAAGUGCCUCUAGUCUUUGGAUGUCUUGGACUCCAGUUGUGGAUAAAAUUGAAGGUUAUCAUUUGGCAUUUCGAUCUAACAGGACCAACGAAUGGACAAGCAUAUACACUGAUAACCUGACACUUUCUCUUUCUUUGGUGAACUUGACAAACGGUGACGUUUACAGAAUCAGGGUGGCAGCGUUUAAUUCUGAGGGGAAUGGUAUUCCUAGUGACGCAGUUGAAAUUCAAAUGGAAGAAAGAGGUAAGCAGAAUAUUAUGUUGAAGACCCAAUGUCUCUCGUCGGUAGAUUAAAUUGAGAGCAAAAUUAUCAGGAAUAGAGAUAAUCUUAAAGUGGUGGACAUUAUAAAAGGGAAACAUAUUUUCAGAGCGCGGGUUACCUUACAUUGAUGUUUAAUGCGUUUAAUGAAGUCAUUUUAACGCAUUUAGCUUAUGUAACAUCGUUCAUCCUGGAAUUUCUAAAAUAGCUCCCAGGUUCGCCCCAGAAGUUUCAUUGUGGGAAGUCAAAAACACGUCUUCCUUAAAGAUUUCAUGGAGUACCAUACCUGCGCAAUACGUCAAUGGAAAACUUUUGGGUCACCAUGUCAUGUUCAAAGCACUGAAAGUGGCGGAUCGGGAUUAUGAUGAGGCCAAAGCUAAGAUAGUAACCAAGCUAGCUGCAGUAGGUGAAAAGAACGAACUGGUUUUGACGUCGCUGAGUUCGUUCACGCUGUAUAGAAUUACAGUAGCAGCGUUUACAGCAAAUGGAGUUGGGAAGAUUAACGAACCAAUCUUUGGAGGUAAACGAUAAUACUAUAUGAUAAUGACAAAGAAGGCAACACCACCCCCGCCAAAACUAUCAAGAAAAGAAAGUUAUCUCAGUACGUGACUAUGACUGAUCGAUUUUGCAGCCCAUAUUUAACUGUACAGUCUGCUUAAUUCAAAGUUUGUUUGAAUUACAAUUUUACCCCUCUAAUAAUCGUUUUUUCUCGCGAAUUUAUGGCACUGCGCGUUUCCUGACCGGGCCAUAGAUCUGAGCAGAAAAGGCUCGGUCCAGAUCUUAAAGUUCUAUAGCAGGGCGAUUUUGGUUUUAGACGAAGGAAAGAACGAAUCGUAAAGCAGAAAAUAGAGGAUGUUUUUAAGGUAAUUGAUCUAGCAAUAGCCUGCUAAACCGUUCGCGCAAGGAAAAUAUAUUGGAUUCCUUAUAUGCCUUAGGCAGAUAGGAUUUUCCUUUGACACAGAAUUGUAUGCUAAUCUGGUAAUUACGGCUGUAUACCUGUCCUUUUUGUGAUCUGCUUCGCCUUAUCUCAAAAAAGUGACAUUUUUUCCCAUAGAAACCUGUGCGUGUCCCGCAAAGUUGUACACAAACUGGGCACCUUAUCCUCCCUACGUUACAGAGAUUGACCAGGAACCUGGCGGAAUCAUCGGGGAGCUUAUUCGCGAUAUGAUAUCCUAUUCAUGUGGUACUUGUCAGGGUGGGCAUGGGAACACAUUUUUAGACUUAACCCAGAACGGUAAAGGAGGUCUCUCUAAAAAGACAUCGAUGGCUAAGGUGCGCAGUGACGUGGACGAUAAAACGCAUUUGAGUUUCCCUGUCAUAGGGAACAUGGACGAUGAGAAGUAUCUGAAGGAAUUUGUUUUCAUUCCUGUGGUUGCAUCACCGGGUAUCGCUUUCAUAUCGUUGGGAAGUGAGCCGAGCAGACAAGGGGUGAUUACCUCAGCGUUGAAGAAAAGUUGGCCCAUCGUUGCUCUGUCAUUGAUAAUGGCAAUCAUGGUUGCGAUCUUCAUUUGGAUUUCAGUAAGUGACAACGAUGGGACUUAAUGACAGAUUGAUUAAAGGGAAAGACGAUGCACAAUAUUAGUAAAGAAUUAUCUCACAGAUAGCAGAGUGAACUUUUGAUAAAGUAAAUGAAGGAAAGACAUGACUAAGGGGCAAGAGAGUUUUAUUCUUAGAAAAGAGAGAGUUUUUCUGGCUGUUGCUUUUAGUUGGAUGGUAUUUCGAUUUGAAAGGCUCAACUUAACCAUUUCUUUCUUCCAAAUAAUCAUAGUUUGUCCUCCUAAUAAGCCUACCGUAGUAUAUCUAUCUAUCUAUCUCGUUAUCUAUAUAUAUAUAUAUAUAUACACAUAUAAGUAUAUGAAUGGCUAGUAUGAUAUCGUAUCACUCCUUUACAACAGGAGAGGCAGAUCAAUUCAGAGGAUUUCUCUCGGUCAUUUUGCAGAGGAACCGGGGAUCUAACAUGGUUUUCAUUGAUAACAAUUACCACAGUGGGGUGAGCAUUGUAUUUUUAGCUCUGCAAUCAUCUGGAAAUGUCUCUUUUUUUAUAACACUUAUCAAUUAAACAAAUACACCGGUAAAAACAUCUUUAAAUUAGAAAUCUCGUAUUUUUUUGACAGGCGUGGCUAGGACUUUUUAAUAGGAAGUUGGGGGCAGGCAAGGAGGGAGGGUAGCACGUUAUAAAUUUUCGGGUUCCUAGGUGACUAGGCUUGAUCGACCGGCGACUGCAGAUUUUUCGCAAGUUCUAUACUCCUAGCUCUGAAAAUAUCUGAAAAUAAAUAUUAUCUCAAAAGAUAGAGAGGGGAAUGGGGGGGGGGGGGGGGGGAAGGGGAGGGGAGAAAUAGGGUGGUCAUGGAUAGCCCAGCCUUCCAUGCUCCUGUGAUGGUAAUUUUUAGCCAACGUUGUUCUUCGUUACUACCUGCAGAUUUGGAGACAGAGUGCCCGUGGCAGUAGUUUCCAAGCUCAUCACGAUCAUUUGGAUCGUGCUCGGCCUGGUACUUCUCUCACUCUUUAUGGCAAUGCUGACUGUGUCUUUGACUGUUAUGACAGCAGAUGAGGGGCGAGCGAUGCUGUACGGGACAAAGGUCGGUUCAUAUUCAUAGAGUGACCUCUGGUGAUAUAUGGGAAACCGUGAUCUAUCAAAAGUGGACACGAGUUCUAGCAACUUAUGCUAAAAUAGUUAUCAGUUAUUAUCUGCUUACCUCCAUAUUAAUGCGGGUCCGAUUUAAAGAUAGAUAAUGAAAACAGAAAGAAAAAAGAUAAGGGUUGUUCUCCGCCAACUGUUAAGAGCUUUGCAGAAACUAUGGACAUGAGCCGUUUUAAGUUUUAUGUGUGAUUUUCUUACUAAGUAAACCAUGAUUAGUCAAUAAAAUUUUAAAGCACUAAUUCACCACUGCAAAUCAAUGAAUUUUGACCUAGGUGACUGCAUUGAAAGAUUCUCCAUCGCAUCGUCUUGGAAUACGGAGAAAUGCCAUAGUAGGUAAGUAAAUGGCAAACUCUUUUUCAGUAUGGGUAAACAGGUAAAAAAAAAAUGAAUGACCAGCACAGAUCACAGAGUUCGAUUAAUAGUGCCUGCAAAUAUGGGGACGUGAAACUUGAGUGAACACUAUUUUGCGAUAAGGUCCUGCCCUCUUCCUCCUCGGAAGAAUGCCACCUUAAGUGUAGGAUUAGGAUUGUGGAUUGUGCCAGUUGAAGACUAGGUUUGCCCAUGACACAUCUUAAUCAACCAGUUUUAAUUUGGGAAACUUUGUAUUUCAUCAGAUCCUAGAGAUACCCUCGAGGAAGCGUUUAAUGCUCUUGAAGAUAGAGAGAGCGAUGGGUUACUGUUGGAUGCAUAUGUGGCCGGUAGUGGUGCCAAGGAAAAAACGUAUCGUGUUAACCAAGUAAUAGACGUGAAAAAAGGACUUGGUGUAGUACUGGCCGGGGAUGCGAUGGUUUUGCGAUAUCGAAUACGUGAUUUUGUGAAGAAAAAUGCAGAGAAAAUUACAAGGAUUAUUCAAAAUAGUACAACACCUCUGCUGGUGAGUGGCACUAUUAAUUGUCCUGUAUCGGCUGCAGAUCAGCUGCAGUUAUUUCAUAGCGUUAGCCUUCGAGAGUAAAUGAAUCUUAUAAUGAAUACGAAAGUGAUCUUUGCAGUAAUGAACACUACUUGAGCAGUAGAGGUCAUGGGUCCAAAUCCUGUACAGGUCUGAAUUUUUUUCAGGCCUUAUUUUCACUACUGCUCAAGUAUUUUUCAUUACUGCGAAGAUCGCCUUCGUAUUCAUGUCUUUAUCCGCAGUUAAAAUAUAUGACUUUCAUAUAUUCAUAGUCGUUUGAAUCUUAUAAGAUGUUUUGGUGUGUAGUAUCGCUGAGUAUUUUUACGAGCUGUGCUGUACUUUGACUUCAUCCGGUUUUUUGUUCACACAGGCCAGCAUAGCUAAGGAUUUUUUUUGCAGUAAUUGAGGAACACUGAGCGUUUGAUUGCGAAAGACUAAGAUUCUCGUCGAUUUUGCAUUGAAUUUAAAUGAUAUUGGGAAAGAACAAAAACGUCGAUUCUCUGGAUAACGGAAGGAUUUGUAUCAAAAACAUACUUACUUCUGUACAUUCUACUAUAAACAGCAACCAAAACAUAGUACUGCUGAGGAAAAAGUGCAAAACCUUGUGGAUGCCAACUCUCAAAUCUACCGAGAUGCCGUCACUGUUGUGGCGGGUGCUUUGGCUGUGAGUAUUGUGCUUGGAAUUGCCUGGGAACUCUUUCGAAAACGACGUCUUAGCCGAGAAAGAGGUAACUUAAGCUAGGAGAGACAUUUCCAUUGCAGAUACGUUCCCGUAACUCUAGUCUUUACUUGAUAGAAUACGCUUUAACAUGGCGAGUUGUUAAAAUAGAUUACAUUUUGGACAAUUGUAAUAUUCCCUCUGCUAGGGUAUGUUCUCAUUUUGUAUGCGGGAUUAUCUCAAUGCGUUCCUAAGUGGAAAAAAAUGGAGGUUUACCUCUUGUAGUGUCGAAAUAAUUGACAAAAUUGAAAUUUCUUGUGCGCUUGACUUUACUAGAGAUAAUUAUAACUCAUUGCCCAACAAAGGAAACAAAUUAGUUUCAAAUAUUUGCGUUUUAAAAUGGCCAUGAUCUUUAAAAAUUAAUUCUUUUCAUUUCAGGGGGAAACAAAAACUCUUGUGUAUCGGAUAUGGCAGAGGCUGUGGACGACUUCCAUGACAAAUUUAAAAAAACCUAUAACAGAUUGAGAAAAAAACACUCAGAGGAGUUAAAGACUUAUAACACUUUUGCCAAAAGGUUAAGUGGAAUACAAAAAUGUAAUAAUCCUGUUGUUGGGUAA